GAGAAUCCCACCAUUUUGAUUUGUUGAGAUUGGAAGAUAAAAUAUGACAGUCACUAAAAAAUUUUUUGUAUAAGAGAUUAAAUUUAUGAAUGGUUAAAAUGUGAUUGAAAACAAUAUCGAAUUUCGAUUGUUCCUUUGUUUUGAUACGAUAUUGGACGAUAUCGAAAGGGAAUUAUCGUUAGCUUUUCAUAUCGAUAUUAUCGCAACAUCCUCAAGCGAUCCAACCAAUCACCUAACCUUAGUUAGCGAUUCGAUCGGAUUAAAACAAUUUUAAAAAUGCAUGGCAGUUCACAUCCUGUCAAAGCCCGCUCGAUGCCCAAUGCCUUCAACACUUCUGAGGGCGAUCUAUACAACAUUAUAUUGCACAUUCAGCAAGACAUGGCCGAAAAAGUUGAAGAAAUCGAAGUGAAAACGGAAGAGGAAUUCCUACAGGAAAGGAACCGGGAGUUUCUUCUAAGUGUAAAAAAUAUCGAAUCCUAUUAUCGAGAGAAGGAAAUUAUAGCACAGAGGUCCAUUUUGGUAUAUGAAAGUAAAAUGAAGAAUACGAGCCGAUUGGAAGUGCUGGAUAACAAGUACUCUCAUGUUAUAGACACCAUCAAUAGAGCUCGCCACAGGUUAGCCAACAAGGAUAAGCCCCACCAUGCUGCCACUUACAAAGAGAUACUACGCGCGCUUAUCAUGCAAGGACUUUGUAAGCUGAUGGAGCCUAAAGUGUUGGUGACGGUGAGAGCUGAAGAUAAGGAAGUAGUCGAAAGUCUUCUAGGCCCGCUCGAGAGCGACUACGAGGAGAUAACAGGGCUUCCUGUGAAGCUGUACAUAGACGAUACUGGAGAACUGCCGAAGGAUUCCGAAGGUGGCGCAAUACUCAUCAGCCAAGAUUACACUGUCUCCUUGGACAACACCCUGGCCUCCAGGCUCGAGCACACGUCCUUCCACCUUCUGCCCGAGAUCAAUCAGAUGCUCUAUGGCGAUGUCAGGGUGGUCAAGGACAAAGACAAACUCAAGACGUUCCCAUCGUACCUUCCACCCGUAGACGUGGUAAGGAACAGAAUGGAGAGGAAAUCGAAGCAAGAAGACAUAAACAUCGAUAAUCUGAGUAUAGGCAAGAUGCCCAUUGAUGAAAACCUAACAACGAUGCAGCCAAGCGGAAUAGAUGAUGACAUCAGCCUGGGCAGUUUGUUCAGUGACGAAAAGAAGAAAUCUUAAUGAAAUAAACUUUAUAAAUCAUGAUUUACUUUGUUUUGUUAACCUUUUUUUAAAAAAAAAAGUUCAUAAUU